GUGUGCUGUGUGGUUAGCGAGAGCAUGGCCUACUGCUUUUAAAAAUCGUCCAGUUAGCAAAUACCCAUUGCCACAGCAUGUGCUGCGCUGGUGGCUGUAGAACAAUAUUUUGCUACAGUAAGUUGCAUAUUUGAACCGACAUCACUUCACUUUCAUCCGGAUCCGGACACUGUACCCUUGGUGCGGAACUUGUUCCAGAGAUGGGUCGCACAAGUGGUACCGUGGUGGGAACAGUGUUGCUGCUGCUGCUGCUGCUGGCACUUGCUAUCGAGUGCCACGCCGACACUCGGUAUAAUGUCAGCUUUGACGAAUUGCACAAAUGCAAGCAGCACAACGCUAUCAAUGGGUACAACUAUCAGGCGUUCUUCAAGCUGCAUGAGCUGCAGCACCACGAUCCGGCUGACUCCGAUCUGGUGGUCGAUCUGCUGGUGUACGUGUUGGCCGCCCGCGAUGGCCAUAUCCUGCUGUCGGAUCAGAACAAAACUGGUGCAACUGCAUUGGAGAUAGUGCUCGGUGGAGGGGCAAACACAUUUUCGCAGAUUCGCGUCGGCCAGAAGGGUUCCCCGAUAAGGACGAAGGCAAGCGCUGGGCUGCUGUCUCCGAUUGAUCCACUGCCGGUGCGGCUUCGCAUCUAUUCGGAAGGGCAGAUCCGGAUUCACGCCGGCAAUCUAACGGGCGAACCGUUCAUGGAAGCGAUGCUGCCGAGCAAGAACGCUAGCGGGCUGAGCUACGUCAGCUUUACCACGUGGGGCACGGCAUUGGCGAAAUGGUUCUACGACUGUCCACUGCCGACGACCAACGGCACGGCGAUGAUUGAUGGUAGCGAGCUGCAGCAGGAGUACGAUGGCAAGCAGCGGUUGCUGGACCAUCUGAAGGCGGUACCGCGGUGGAUUGAUCCACCGGUCAACUUUACGGGCGUUCAAAUUUCGCACAUGUACGUGCAAGGGUUCGUUUACGACCAGACCACCAACCUGAUCGAGCUGUCCGGUGCGAUGGGACUGUCGUGGCAGGAUAAACGCUACCGCUGGAACGCAUCCGACUUCGACAACGUAACCGUGGUCGGUGACGUGUGCCGCACGAUCUGGACACCGGCCUUCGAACCGGUGAGCCUGUUCACGGGACCGCUCGCGCUCUGCUUCCUCUCGCAGGAAGGCACGGUAAUAGUGGAGAUCGAAGAGUUUUCCUGGAUCAAUUUCUGCACCCUGUCGGACAGCUAUCGGUGGCCGUACGAUGUCAACGCUUGCCAGUUGCAACUUAUGGCGGCCAGCCAUGAACGUACCGUACCUAUACGGGUAGUUAUGGGCAUGGUGCUGUUUGAUCCGGACUUUGAACAGUCGGAAUGGUCCAUAAAGACGAUCGGUAAGCAUGAGUACGAACAGGCCGUUACGCCGUACGGACGGCAACCAAUGCUUGAAAUGCACAUCGAAAUGGUACGGAAGAGUGACAUACAUUCCGUCUCGAUCUAUCCAUCGUAUUUUGUGGCCAACCUGCUGAUAUCCAUUUCCUUCCUGGUCGAUGGACGAUCGCGGCUGUUGCUGAACUCGCUCGGGCUAAUCGUGCUGCUCAAUUCCUUUCUGAGCCUCUCCGUCAUUGUGCCACGUGCUGGAGUUCCGAAAAUAUACAUCUAUUUCCAGUGGUCACUCGUGUUCUACGCACUGUCGUCGAUUCUGUUCGUCAUCGAGCUGUGGUUAAAGCGAACGCGUGCAAACAUAUCGCCCGGUUCCUGGAUUGCGCGAACUAUAAGCUUCCCGGCAUUACGGUAUGCACUCGCAAUGGAUCAACGGAGUAACUAUAACACGUUGGAGCAUAAAAAUGUCCGAUGGGAUGAAGUGACCUGCAUUCUGAACCGACUCGUAAUGGUUGUUGCGGUGAUCGUGUUUGCCAUCGGGUUCACCAAACCGUGAAGUUUGGAUAUGAAAAGCAAAGUAGUAGUAUAGUGUACACUUAAGUCACUGUCGCGCUCGGGUACACUACGCACAAUUCCACAAGCAAGUUGUUUGGAGAGGAAUGGUUAAAAUGGCGCCCAUAUUAGUUCAGUAAUAAAGAGGAUUAAGCU